AUGCCACAGCGAGACGUCUAUAACCCAUUGCUAUUUGAGAUUGCAUGGGAGGUUGCAAACAAAGUGGGCGGCAUUUAUACCGUUAUCAAAACCAAGGUUCCUGUGACGGUACAUGAGUUUGGUGACCGAUAUUGCUUGAUCGGCCCACUAUCAGCAGGCGCACCUAUGGAGGUUGAGUCUCUUGAACCACCAGCAGGCCAUAUCAGGGACACAUUGGAAAUGAUGGCGGGUCAAGGGGUGCGUUAUCUUUUUGGACGAUGGCUUGUGGAAGGUGCUCCCUAUGUUUUGCUUUUUGAUACAGCCAGCGUAUCUCAUAAGCUUGAUGAGUGGAAAGGUGAUCUUUGGCGUGCAGCUGGUAUUCCUAGCCCUGAACACGAUUUUGAGAUGAACAACUCGAUCCUUUUUGGAUACCUUGUUGCAUGGUUCCUAGGUGAUUUGGCACCCAAAUUCAGUGCUGACCCAGAAGCAUCAUCAUCUGCCAUGGUGAGGAGUCCAACAGUGAUUGCUCAUUUCCAUGAAUGGCAAGCCGGUGUUGCAAUUCCAUUAUGCAAGAGCCGUCGCAUUGACGUAACCACCAUCUUUACUACUCAUGCCACCUUGUUGGGUCGUUACUUGUGUGCAGGAUCAGUUGACUUUUACAACAACUUGCGUAACUUUAAUGUGGACAAGGAAGCAGGCGAUCGUGGUAUUUAUCAUCGCUACUGUGUUGAGCGUGCAUCAGCACAUUGUGCCGAUGUUUUCACCACCGUGAGCCAUAUCACUGCCUAUGAAAGUGAACAUUUGCUCAAGAGGAAACCAGACGGUGUAUUGCCGAAUGGAUUGAACGUCGUCAAAUUUUCGGCCGUCCAUGAGUUUCAAAACAAGCAUGCCCUUAACAAGGAAAAGAUCCAUGACUUUGUGCGAGGUCACUUUUAUGGUCAUUACGAUUUUGAUUUGGAAAACACGGUCUACUUUUUCACGGCAGGGCGAUAUGAGUUUAGAAACAAGGGCGUUGACAUGUUGUUGGAAUCACUUGCUCGUCUCAAUCACCGACUCAAGGCAGCUCGAUCCAACGUCACAGUGGUGACCUUCCUUGUCAUGCCUGCACCAACUCAUUCCUUUAAUGUCGAAGCACUCAAAGGCCAGGCGGUCACUAAGCAGCUGCGUGAAACUGUUAACGAUGUACAAGAUCGUAUUGGUCGCGAGAUUUAUGAACGAGCUUUGCGUGGAGAGGAACUUGAUCCCAAAGAUUGGUUGUCAGAUGAAGACAAGGUCCUUUUGAAACGGCGCAUGUUUGCACUCAAGCGAUCUGCAUUACCUCCCAUUGUGACCCACAACAUGGUAGAUGACAACCAGGACUCAGUCAUUGAUAAUUUGAGGAGAUUGCAACUUUACAACAAGCCUGAAGAUCGUGUCAAGAUCAUUUUUCAUCCCGAAUUCUUAAAUGCCAAUAACCCAUUACUUGGCUUGGAUUACGAAGAUUUUGUACGUGGAUGCCAUCUUGGUGUUUUCCCAUCAUAUUACGAACCUUGGGGAUAUACACCAGCCGAGUGUACGGUCAUGGGUGUGCCAUCCGUUACCACAAAUCUUUCAGGUUUUGGAUGCUUUAUGGAUGAAAAUAUAGAGAAUUGUGAGGAUUAUGGUAUUUACAUUGUUGAUCGUCGUCUCAAGUCAAUCGAGGAAUCGAUCCAACAAUUAUGCGAUUUCAUGUUUCGAUUCUGCCAAAAGACACGACGUCAACGUAUCAAUCAGCGAAAUCGUACCGAGCGACUAUCCGAUCUCCUUGAUUGGAAGAGAAUGGGUCUUGAAUAUAUGAAAGCGCGUCAACUGGCUUUGCGUCGUGUAUACCCCGACUCAUUCCUUGAUGAUGAUGAGGAUGAAGAGGAUAUUAUGCCGAUCCCUAUGAAAAUUCCCAAGCCGCUCUCCGCUCCUGCAAGCCCACGUUUACGUCGUCAGCUAAAUGGCUACUUUGACCAAAAUGAAGAGGAUGAAGAAGAUGAAGACCGUGCACCUAUUCGACUCAAGGAGUUUCCAGCAUUGAGACGUAACGCUGAUGCAUCCAGAGAAGAAGAACUCUUGCGAGAAGGCGACAUUGCCACCCUUAACAACUUGACCCUGGAAGACAAAAAACAGCGACAGCAUUGA